GUCAGGAAUCAGCUAUUGGAACCUUCAUACCACUGCCAUGUCCUCAUCGAUUCCUAUUAUAAGCAGUACUACACAAUCACAGACUUCUAUUACAACUUCCUCUUCCAAGUUUCUUGAGCUGCCGCAACUGUCGUUGGAACCAUUAGAGAUUCCUUUUGCCAACCCUGCUGUUCCAUUAUUGUAUUCUGCAUAUAUUGAUCCUUCUGCUAGUCUAUCCACUUCUACUAGUACUGUCUCCACUACUGGUGGUGGUUCUGCAUCGGUCGAUACCUUUCCUGGAACUUUAUUUACUCCAUCUCAUAUAGAUGGCAAUACCUCGCACACAACUGCCGCUACUUCAAUCAUUACAAAACCUAUUCCAUCUGUUGCUGCCAUGUCCUCUCUACAUGCUGAGCUGGCUUCCCUGGCCAAUUUGGCCACACAAAGAGUCUCUAGUCUACUCUCUAAUCAAGUCAGUUUGUCUGAAUGGCUAAAUAGAGUCGAUCCCCAUCGCACUCUCAGGCGAGAUAUUGAAAAGGACAAAGGUGAGCGUCGAUCUCGUUCCGUAAAGCUCAAGAUGCCCACUACUACUGCUGGUAAUAUUACUGCCCCAUCUACAUCUGCCAUUGCAACCGCUGCUGCUGUUGCAUCUUCCGGUGGUGUUCAUAAUGACCGGAGAGGUGAUUUGUCCUCGCAAGUACUAUUAGGCUUAUCGUCAUCUACUGCUUCGCGUUCAAAGGCUACAGCAAAUGGUCUUGGUGCAUUGGGUUCAUCAACACCAUCUUCCGAUAUUCAAAUUAAAUCAGAGCCUUACUCUGCAUCCAUCUACAAUCCCAAAAAACGAUCCUAUGAAUCAGACAAGCCUAUUGCUAAAUCUGGAGGCGAAAAUGGUUCCAUCAGACUGGCCAUCACUCAAAAUGGCAUAAUCAAAAUUACUCCACCUGUAAAUAUUGCUGCUGCUGCUUUGGAUCAGACUAUGCUUUCUUCCAGCACUCCUCAAUCUUCAUCUACUUUAAUACGUACUGAUCGAGAGCGUAAACUAAGCAAAUCACAUAGCAUUCAAAAGGAGCGUAGUCGACGGCGUGGUACAUCUACUGCUGCUAGCGUAAAUGACGAUGCAUCUACUCGUGGCACUCCUGAGCCUGAAAUUCGCCUCAAUCUUGAUGGAGAUUUUUCGACUUCCAAAGCGCCUCCAAACCAAGUUCCCAUUGCUCAAUUUUGGGCAUUUUUUGAACAGUAUUAUCGAAACAUGACAGAGGAUGACUUGCGAGCAUUGAGCCAAAAGGGUGAUGAUGUGACACCAUUCCUUAUUCCUCCACUUGGAAUCCAUUUUACAGAACAAUGGCAUGCAGAAGAUCAACGCAUAUUUGCCAUGUUUGAAGAGGGGGCGACCAAUCCAAGUUUGAUGGCCAAUCGCGAGUACAUUGAAAUAGAUGAAGUCAUUUUUGAGGGCGAUAUGAUGCUGGGUACACUGAGCGAGCGUUUAAUGAGUGCCCUUGUUCAAGAAGGCGUUGUUCCUGAUAUUAAAUUCACGGAUGAUGAUGAUGAUAUGGGCGGUACAGGCACAGGAAGCAAAGUAGGUAAUGGACCUACAAAAACGUUUCUAUCAGGUGCAGCGAGUGCGUUGGGGUUAACUGGAACCACAGCGUCAGCGAGUGCGGCAGCAGCAAAACAUCGAGCUCGAGCAGAUCUAGCAGUAUUUGAAGAUCGACUGCGACUUGAAUUAGGGUUUCUUGGACUAAUUGAUGCUCCUGAUUCAGAAGGCGCUGAAAAUGUUCAAGAUGAUGAAAUAUUUUCGGAACUGAGAACAAAGCAGGAAGAGCUACGGGAACAAAUGGCAAUGAAUUCUAGACGCAAGAAGCGUGUACAUGAUAUUGCAGAGAAAUGGAUGGGAUGGCAAGAAUACAAUGGGCUAUUGGACGAAAUCAACAAGAAUCUUGAGCAAGGAUUUGCAAAACGAUUGAAGUCGGGCAAAUCACGAAAAGGCAAAAAACAAAUCAAAGAUCAUCGACCUGUAUCUGAAUCUCUCUUGUCUGCACUAGAAAGCCGAAAGAAACUAAUUCAUGGAGUUGGAGAUGUGUUUUUUCCUGUCGAUAAAUUUCUUCCCCCAACCGAAUCCAUCUUUAAUCAGCUUUCACCAGCCGAUGCGCCUUAUGACACGGCUUUGCCAGAUUUUGCCAAUGCAAGUCCAAAAUCUAUUUCAGCCAGUGCACCUGCUCUAUCUACUUUAUUCGAAGACUUUAAAAUCCCGUCUUGAAUUUUGAAUAGACUAGAGAGCAUAGCGCUUGAUUUGGUUCGUAUAUCUAAGAGUAGCGAUAUUGGGAUUAAAUACUUUUUGUAAAUAAUACAAGGCAUGAUGGUAUUUGAGAAUUCACUUUUGGCUAUUGUAUGCUAUUUCAGCUACAACCGUAUUCACAUAAAAUGGAUCACUUUUGUAUUGAUCUUUCAGUGAUUGUCCUGAAAUAAACAAUGAUUAAAUAUUUAUUGCGC